AUGGGACCGCCGCUUAGCGGGACUCCUGAUGGGAAACCGCCCUCCUCCACCCCCGUCUCCAACCUCCAAUUCAGCGUCGCAUUCCAUACAAAGACCACUGGUUUGGCGGAGUUAUUUCUGAGGAUUGUUGGUUUUGGACCCGGUAUUACUCUGGAAUCGUCCGCGCAGAAGUCUCAAUCACUUCGCCCGUACCUCCAGUGUGUUCGGUCUUCGCUGACUGCUGCACUCGCGGUGUCCAACUUUGCGUCUCAAACGGCCGAGAGACAUAACGUCCCCGAGAUCGAAGCCCAGAGCUCCCCCGAACUCCUCCUCAACCCCCUUACGAUUUCGCGCAAUGAGAACGAAAAGGUGUUCAUCGAACCCAGUGUGAACAGUGUCCGUGUCAGCAUUAGGAUAAAGCAGGCGGAUGAAAUUGAGCAUAUCUUGGUCCACAAGUUCACCCGGUUCUUGACACAGCGUGCCGAGUCCUUCUUUAUCCUGCGGAGGAAGCCAGUAAAGGGAUAUGAUAUUUCGUUCCUGAUCACGAACUUCCACACCGAGGCCAUGUUGAAACACAAGCUGGUGGACUUCAUUAUUCAGUUCAUGGAGGAGGUCGAUAAGGAGAUCUCGGAAAUGAAGCUCUUCUUGAAUGCUCGUGCUCGGUUCGUUGCCGAAUCGUUCUUGACACCGUUUGAUUAA